AUGCCGGGGUAUGCCAAGUUUAUGAAGGAGUUAGUCACAAAGAAAAAGAGUUUGGAUUUUGAGACAAUCGAAUUCUCCCAUAGUUGUAGUGCAAUUAUGACUAAGGAGCUGAAAAAGAGAGAAGAUCCUAGAGCGUUCACCAUCCUUUGCACCAUCGGCAUGCUCCAAUUUGCUAAAGCCUUAUGCGAUUUGGGAGCAAGCAUCAACCUAAUGCCAUAUGCGAUCUAUAAAAAACUUGGGUUGAGGGAACCGAAAGCCACAACAAUGAGACUCUUGAUGGAGGACCGAUCAAUUAAACAUCCUGUGGGGAUACUAUAUGACAUCUUGGUAAAGGUUGACCGAUUUAUUUUCUCGACUGAUUUUAUCAUUCUCGAUUGUGAAAUAGAUGCUGAAAUUUCCAUCAUUUUCGGAAGACCAUUCUUGGCAACCGGAAGAGUGUUGGUGGAUGUUGAAAGCUGA